UUCGAAUUUCAGUUGUAAAACGAGAUGUUUCCGUACAGUUAUUGAUAUUCAGUUCACACGUACACAGUUGAAUAUUCUAACGCACAGUUCAGGAUAGCCGUGGUGUUUAUAAAUAAGCUCUAGUAAACCAUAAGAAUAUGGAUCUUUUGUGUAUUUCUAAACAAAAGAAUUAGGAUAUGCAUAUCUGUGUGUUUUUCACAACAGGAGAGAAGAAUGUCUUCAAAGUCUUUCGUUAAGAAAAAAUCAUGAUGAUUGCUUCAGCCAAGUCCCAUAAAUGGGUAUUCGUGUUCUUUCUCCUGUACAUAACAAUGCAUUGGUUCAAUGGAAAGAUCCGAGUCAGAAAAGAAUUUUCUAUUAAAAAGCAUUUGCGGCACCAGAACUCACGUGACUUGGUGUCGGCAGAUUUUGUGCCUGUCGUUGUGGGCACCAAUGACGUUCUUGCCUUGUCUGCCUUUGAAUCUGGCAGCAACAUUGAUGUAGUGUCCCUCCUGGAUUUGUCUGCUCCUGUUCGGACCUUGAUGUGUGUAUUUUGGUUGGAUGGGGUGCCGGAUUUGACCACGCAGAUCACGGCCUCACUACGCCUUUGUCCAGAGAGUCACGGACGACGAUUUUCGGCUGCCUUCUAUUCCUGUAAAAUGCCAAAUUCCCGCGUGCCACACGCGGUGUCUCUCGUCACAGACGACUGUAAGAAGCCAACUAAAGCUUUACCAGUCAUUUAUAACUCGAAAAUAGAACGAACCUUCACAGUCUGUGUUUCCCCCCUGCACUCAAAAUUCAGCAAGGCUUACCAGCUAGUGGAGAUGGUGGAAGUAAGUCUUGCGUUAGGAGCGGAUCAUUUUUUCUUCUACAACUUUAGUACGGACUGGAAUGUGGACGCUUUGUUAAAGCAUUAUGAAUCCAGGGGACUUGUUUCCAUUAUACAAUGGCCGUUACCAAUGAUGCGAAAUGGCUCAGACAGUGGGGGAAGUAGAGAAAUUCACUACUAUGGCCAAUUAGCAAUGCUCAAUGACUGUUUGAAUCGUAACAGGGGAAUUAGUAGGUAUGUUGUGUUUCAGGAUCUCGAUGAACUGAUAAUUCCCAAGUUUCACAGAUCCUGGUACCAUUUGAUAGAAUCUCUCCCCAGAAAUGUAUCUUCUUACAUGUUUCGAUCAUCGUUUUUCAGAUUAGACUGGCCAUAUGUUAUUUCAGAUUAUAAUUUAACAGAGAUCGCGAAAUCCUACAAAUCGUACGCUUUUCUUAAAUUGUUAAGAGAGGAUAAAGUUUAUGGCCGAGCUGUCAGGUCAAAGUACAUAGUGGAUCCAUUACAAGUCGAAGUGGUUGGCAUACAUAACGUCUGGAAAUUUAAACGUGGGGGCAGGCCUUAUUAUGUGCCACCGAAUGUCGCUCUAGUUCACCAUUAUCGUGUUGACAAAAGUGACGCAAAACGCAUAAGGGAUGACAGUAUUUUGAACUUCCGGAUCGCCCUCCAGAACAUCAAGAAGACUUGGCAGUGGUUACGCGAUAUUCCUCUGGGACCUAAUACUAGUACUUAGCAUUUCCAGGUUCACUGGGCACUCAUGUUGGGUGCUUAAUUCUGUUCAUGGGUGUAGUGCAUCGUAAAAUACAUCUGUACAACACACACAUUCACACACACAUGGUAACAUACUAAAUAUUACAUGUACAUGAAUUUGUACUGUUUUAUUGGAUUACAAUUGUAUAUACUUUGCUUACUGUAGUUAUGGUAUUUAACACAACCAUCAUUUUAAUGCAUAGUCACCAUAAUGUAUUUAUUCUGCAACUACCAGCUUCUUUACAUGAAAGUUACAUAGGCCAAUGUACAGUGUAGCCCCGUGCGCGCUGUCGUACUCUGACGUCAUCAGAUUUUCCUACUACUUCUACACUGUAAUGUCAGGGGAUAUGUUCUAAGGUAAGCAGCGAUUUUUGGUAUGCAAAAUCUUGUCCGACUUUAUGUUGUAUUUCAGAAUAAAUAAAAUACGUCGUAAUUGUCAUGAAA